GACUUUUCGUGGCCCGGGUCAAGGAGACGUCCAAUGUUCUCGAUAGCAUGCUUGCGGAGACCGGGAAGGACGAGCAGAUGGAGCCGGCUGCCGCUGGUCCUUUGGAGUUGAGGCUUAAAGAGCUGCGGGUGAAGCUUCAUGAGAAGACCAAGGGCCACCCAACAGGUGCGGCAAAGGUUCUGGCCGAGAAGGCCCAGGCAGCAGCCUCAGCAUCGAAGCCGAGAUCGAGAAGAGGCCGGUCUGAUGAGGUGGUGGAUGCCUUGAAAAACGCACUCAAGCCUCAGCGUCGGGAGCGUGAUCGUGAUCUGAGGGAGCCGGCCUUGGAGGACUCCUACAGCGAAGGAGAAGAUGAUGACGAUGGGCUCGACGGGGGCCUGGGUGUCAGCAGCCUGGUGGCGAAAAGGCGACGAAGCUGCGGGCGUCUCCUUUGCAAGGGCUUGCAGAACAUGCGCGAGCAGGUGGGGGAGAUCUUUGGCGCCGACGCGGUCGGUGAGGAUAAGUAUGCCCGGGUUGUCACGCGCUACUUGUUGUCAGUGCUUUUGCCGAGUUACCCAGCAAAGAAUCAAAGCCGGCUCAGGGAGAUGAGGACUUUGGCCCAGGGGCUAAAUGAUGGACCUGAUCGGGAGACGGAGUACGCCACGACCAUGGCGCUCAAGGCGGCUAAGAGUGAGGCUCUCAUGAAGAAGGGGUUGGACUCCUCCACGAGAGGCAUCGCAGUCACCGAGAAGGACAUGCCGGUGAAGAAGAAGGUGGAGCCCGAGAGCACGGGAACAAUGGCCCAAGCUCGUCAAGCUGCGGGGCACUCUCUCGCCCAGUGCCUGGGUGAUCUUUUCCAGCUUUUCUUAGUGGGCCCCGACGCCCGGCCGCCGGGUGAUUUCGCGGAGUUGAUUCGGGCGCGGCAGGUUGAUUCCACUGGGGAUGCCGUUCUUAAAGCCCUUCCGCUGCGACUGGAGGAGCUGGCUCCGGGGCUCCCGGAGGAUGGUGUCGCAGGGAGCUUGGAUGCUUCAGCGAUUGCGGAUGAUGAGGUUAAGCGUUGGGUUCAUGACCCGAGUUGGGCCCUUCUUGAUCCUAGCUCAUGGCCCCGUCCUUUACCAUCGGCUUCCAUGAAUGUUUCAGCUGCGGAAUGGGAGCGUGUGGUAGCCACUCUAUACCGCAAAGGGAUCGUGGUACCGAUUGACAUUGAAGAGGUCUUUGAACAUGUGGACGGGGUUCCCGUUCUUAAUCGGGUUUUUGCUGUCGCGAAACGCGGCGAACCGGCGGGCUCGAGCCAUUGGAGCGGUAUUCAUUUGCUGCCAAAUGAAGUUCUGCUGUGGACGGGUGACGACCAGAAGGGGGCUUUCUAUGCGUGGAAACUCCCGGAGGCCUGGAGGAAGCUCAUGGCGUUCAAGAUGCCGGUUCCAGGACAUUUGGUUGGGCGCCCAGACGUUGCUACCAUUCAUGUUGCGUCAGCUGUUAUCCCGAUGGGUUGGAUAAAUGCGGUGAGCCUUUUUCAACGGCGUGUGUGCCAGUGGGGGCUGGGUUGGAGCCGUCUGAUGAGUGGCGGCGUGAUCGGCCUAUCCCGCGUGGCGCAGUUGACGGUGGAUGGUGUGAAUGGGCUAAUGUCUGCCCCCCGUGAGAAGAUGCUCGAAAAGGUUGGUUGA